GGCUUUUGUAAAAACUUCAAUUGAGUGCGUGGAGCAGUAACAAUGGAGACGCGCCAUUCUGCGCUCCAAUUUAUUGCAUUUUAACUCCAUUCUCCACAAAUUUACAACAAUUUUUCAAAUAAAAAGUGAAAAAAAGUGAUAAAUCUCUAAAAUUAAGAUAAAAGUGGAACGAAUUCUUGCUAUCUUUAGCAAAUAUUGAACAAAGGCAUGUGAUUGUUUGGUUAUGUUUCUUUGUUUACAUCCCCAAAAAAGUGCUGCAAAAUUUUCUAAUUUUUUCCGAGGGAUUUCUUCUAAAAUUGUAAAUAAUGUUGAAAUCUUUUUACUCGAGACUUCUCACGAGAAAACAAUCUUCUAUUAUUGCUCAGAAAAAGUGUUCUGUUCCAAGUGUAAGUGAUUCUUUUCCUCGCUUUUCGGGGAAGGAAUUUUGCACCUCAGCUGUGGAGUCCGGAAGUCUUCUUAGCACGACAAUCUCAGUGCCAAAUAUUAAGAGAGUGAUUAAAAAUAGUGGUUUUGAGUGUGAGGAUGGCUUUAGCUGUGUUAGAACCCUGUGUCCAGUGUGUCCGGAGGAAGGAGAAAAGAGGAAAGGUAUUUAUAUUAACAAAAUCACGGGGAAUUUUACCUGUCCAGCUUGUCAGCAUCUUGGCACAUGGUCUUCCAUUGAGAAGUUUUUUCUAAAUGGUAAAAUGGUCAGGAAUGGGAGGGAAAUGACACGAUCCAGGGAGAAUUUUAUGACUUCCAAAAGCAAAAAGACUGAAAUAGCCCUUCCGGAAGGGCUGAGAUUGUUCAAUGAAGUGGAACCUGGGUGGUUCAGGAGGGUCCUGGAUGACAUAGGACUUCCCCAGGAUGUUGAAGCUGUUCUGGGAAGCCUUCAAACUCAAGUAUCUCAGGAUUUAUCUGAGAUUUACUUACCUCUGAGGGAUGUUACAGAAGGUAUUGUUGGAUAUAAGAUUUUUAGCGUUGAAGACCAGACAGAAAGCACGCUUCCGGGAUUAAAUUGCUCAGGGAUAUUGGUGCAUAAGCCCACUACAAUUUCAAGUAAAAAGGACCUUCAGAAUGCUGUGUUAGUGCUGAAUAUGCUGGACUUUUUCACGCUGGCCGUGUCAAAAAUAAAUUUUGUAGUAAUUUGCUUGCCUCAUGGAUUGAAAUCCCUGCCUCAGCAGUGUCUUCCUGGGCUUGAACGCUUCCAGAAAUUAGUGCUGUGGUUCAAUCAUGACUCUCCGGGAUGGGACACAGCCAGGCACUUUGCCAAGAAGCUGGAAGAGAAGAGAUGCCUCUUUGUGAGGCCAACGGAGGCUCAUCCGACGCCCUUCCGGGCUUUCAGGCAGGGAUUGGAUCUCAAAGUCAUCCUUCAAAAGGCAGAACCUGUCCUCCACAAAGCUAUCACGACGUUCAGUGCACUGCGCCAGGAUGUUCUGAGUGAUCUUCAGAAUAUUGACAAAGUCCAAGGAGUCAAGUGGAAGCGAUACCCAACGCUGACAAAGCUCCUCAAGGGCCACCGGAAGGGUGAAUUGACAGUGCUGACGGGUCCAACGGGUUCCGGAAAGACAACUUUCAUGUCAGAAUAUUCCCUGGAUCUCGCCCUUCAAGGAGUUACGACACUCUGGGGAUCCUUUGAGAUCCGGAACACUCGUCUAGCGUCCACCCUGCUGAGACAACUGGCUGGCCAGCGUCUGGAUGAGAAUCUCAGUGCCUUCGAUCAAUGGGCAGAUGCCUUCGAGAAGCUCCCAAUCUACUUCAUGACCUUCCACGGGCAGCAGACCAUCAAAGUCGUAAUGGAAGCCAUCGAGCACGCUCAAUACGUCCAUGAUAUCCAGCAUGUCAUCAUCGACAAUGUCCAAUUCAUGAUGGGAACCUCCGAGGACAGUCGCCAUGUGGAUAGAUUCUGGAAACAAGAUGCCAUCAUUGCUGCCUUCAGAACUUUCGCCACCCGAAAAAAUUCCCACGUCACUCUCGUCAUUCAUCCCCGGAAGGAGCGAGAUGCAGAGGAUCUCACCACUAGCAGUAUCUUCGGCAGUGCCAAAGCCAGUCAGGAAGCAGACAAUGUCCUCAUCAUCCAGGACAAGAGACUCACAUCGCUCAGAGGCAAAAAGUACCUCCAAGUGGCUAAAAAUCGAUACAGCGGAGAUCUUGGAGUGAUGCCGCUGGACUUCGAUAAGGAAGCCCUCAGUUAUGCCCAGAAGAAGAAGAAAGAGCAGAAAGACUCAACUGAAGCGGCUUCGUGAGUUUGCUGUGAGUCAGGUUAGUGAUCAAAAAUUUAUCAAUUAAAGUCACUAUUUUUUUAUACAAAA